CGGCAGCAGAGGCGGGAAUUCAUACGGUAGUGGCUCGUGUCGCCUCCGCUUCCCUGACCCUAACCCUAACCAAUCACACGCCUCUCUUCUAAAUUAACCAAUCGAAACAGAGCAGGCCGCGUGUGGUAGCCAAUCAGAGGCAGAAUAGGGCGGGUCAUUGAACUAGGAAAAUAUCUAUCUCUCACUAGUAGACAAUUCCUUCCGUAGCAUCGGUUUCUGUACCGUAGGUAUUCACCAUGAACCCGCUGACCAAGGUGAAGCUGAUCAACGAGCUGAACGCCCGCGAGGCGAGUCUGGGGGUGAAGGAGUCCGUGUCCUGGCACAGCGAGUACAGGGACAGCGCCUGGGUGUUCGUCGGAGGAUUUCCAUACGAGCUGACUGAAGGAGACGUCAUCUGCGUCUUCUCGCAGUACGGAGAGAUCGUCAACAUCAACCUGGUGCGGGACAAGAAGACGGGGAAGUCCAAAGGUUUCUGCUUCAUCUGCUUCGAGGACCAGCGCAGCACCGUCCUGGCCGUGGACAACCUCAACGGCAUCAAGAUCAAAGGACGGACGAUCCGCGUGGACCACGUGAAGGACUACCGUCCUCCCAAAGACACGGAGGACAUGGAUGACAUCACCAGGCGGCUGAGGGAGGACGGCUGCGCCCCCAGAGCUGAGGAGGAGGAAGAGGAGGAGGAGGAGGAGGAGCAGUACAGCGUCCCCGUCAAGAAGCCCAAGAAAGAAAAGAAAGAAAAGAAGAAAAAGAAGAAAGAGAAGAAGGAGAAGAAGAAGGCAGAGAAGGAGAAAGAGAAGGCGAGUCGGGCGCUGCACUCCUCCUCUUCCUCCUCCUCUCCUCACCCUCCUCUUCAUCAGGCCGCCGUCAGAGUCAAAGAGGAGAAGGAGGACGCCGCCUACGACAAAUACAACCAGAGGAGGGCGCCGUCCGGGGGGGGACAGAACGGACAGAGAGGGAGGGAGGGAGACAGGGACAGAGAGACAGACAGAGAAGGAGACAGGGACAGAGAGACAGACAGGGACAGAGAGGGAGACAAAGACAAAAACUACGACAGGAAAAGAGAGUUUGACCGGGACAGAGAUAGACGACGAGAGACAGACAGGGACGGCGAUAGACGACGAGAGACAGACAGAGACGGAGAUAAACGAAGAGAGACAGACAGAGACAGGAGCAGAGACAGGGAGGAAUACGGGAGGAGGAAUCGUGAGAGGGAGGGAGACGGGAGGAGAGAGACAAGCAGAGACUACGAAAGAAAGAGAGACAGCGAUCGGAGGAGGGAGACAGACAGAGAGGGUGAGUGGAGAAGACAAACGGAUAGGAGGGAGAGACAGUGAUGGGAGGAAGGAGACAGACAGAGACAGUCUUUGAAAGAGAGUUUGACAGAGACAGCGGUAAACAGAGAGAGACAUUGAUCGAAGGCGGGAGACCGACAGAGAGACAGCAACCGCGUCAGAGAGGAAGACAAAUCGAGACAAGAGACAGAGAUGAGGGAGACACAGAGAGGAAGACAAAAACCAAAUGACAAAGGCAAUGAAAGGAAAAGAGUUUGACAGAGACAGCAAUAGAAAGGCAAGAGACAGACAUUGAUUGGACAGCGAGAGACAGACGUUGACAUGCUGUAGCGUCCUCGCCGAGCGGUGCGUAGGAGACGGCUGCCUGUGAAGUGGACGUGUCUCCAUUCAGAAAAAGUUAACGAUGUAU